AUGAAGGCACCAAGUCAAACACGUUUUGUAGCAAUGCAUUUAUUGAAUGACUCGGAUACAUUGAAGGAAAAAAAGCAGCAACAAGUAAUGACCAAAUCUUCACAAUUAUGUCAUUCACCUACUGAUCCUAGUGAAGAAGAUCCGAUGAUGACGUCGCCCGUAUUAACUGGAAAAUCCGUGCCUGUAACAUCACCAACUACGACGAAAACUACGCUCCCAGGUCUUCAGUUUGCUAUCUCAGCACAGCGUGCACCUAGUCGUGAAUUACGGCUACCAUCAUUCUCUACUUCUUCUCCUUGUUUAUAUGAAGUGGAGAAUCAGCAUCAUACAUCUGGACCUGGUGCUAGUAGUAGCACGGAUGAAGAAGAGAUGAUAGAGCCACGAGUGGAAAAGAAUUUAUCUUCAAGACGUAAGAAAGGAACACGUCGAGGAACACUUCAUCCAGAGGCAAAGAAUGUAUUGAAAGCCUGGAUGUUUUCACCUGAACAUUUUGCACACCCGUAUCCAAGUGAAGAGGAAAAGGAAGAAUUGGCUCAAGAAGCUGGAAUUGAAGUGAAACAGCUUUCAAACUGGUUUACAAAUGCUCGAAAGAGACUGUGGCAACCUGUUUUGCGCCAAUCGGGCGUAGAAGUCAAGAACUUUUUGUCAACAGGCCGAGGUGGUCCACGUGGAAACAAAUUAGAUGUGCCAGCGAAUCUUCAUGAGCUCGUAGUACCAUCACCUGUACCCAGUCCACCAAGUUCACCUCGAAAGCGCUCGUGGUCUACGAGCUCUUCACCGUCUACUAGUUCUACCAUUUGUUUGGAUGAAGCAACAAAGUCCGUCAAGAACUCUCGCAAACGUUCAAAACUAAGCAAUGGUGCAUGGGAUAAAAAUCCUGUUACUCAACUGCAGAAUCUGGAGCUUAUUGCGGCGACGUCACUACUCAAGCUGCAGCAUUUGAACCAGAUUGUGCAUUAG